CUAGAGCAGGGAUGUAAACUUUCCCCAGACACGGGCGAGGAGUCCGGAGCAGCAGAGCGUAUGGAGGACAGCGAAGAACCACAGGGACAACCCGCGGGAGAGUGUGGACAUGCCUUGGGAGCAGUAGCGGACCUGCGAGGGGAGGAGGGGGGAGAAGCGCUGAAUACUGAUGACUCUGAAGGAGACUUUGGAAUACACCAGUACACAGGCGCGCACAAGGACGCGCACGGCUCGGAAACGCGCUCACCGCACUCAGAAAAUGCGAUGAGCACCGCUGGAGAGGUGGACAGUGGAGGAGAGACAGAGAAGACAGAGAGCGAGAGAGAGCAGCGCGCCUCGGAGCAGGGGCUAAACGGGGGCGCAUCCUCAACGGAGCAAGAGCACAGAGCGGAGCAGCAGGCGAACAUGAGAGAGUCAGCAGCACCGCGGCAAACGGCGGAGGGGCGGCUGGAGCGGCAGAGCACCGAGGACAUUGUCGACCUGCCCGCACACGUCCUGCACCGGCUCCGAGGAAUGCAGAAGUACAAGAGUGCAUCACAGAGGAUGAAGGGGGUCCUGGAGCAGAUGGACCAGGGUGUGGUGGACCUUCAGGAGCUGCGCAGGAACCUGGAGCUGGCGUCAGCCAUGCUGGAUGCCAUCUACACGGACGAGACCAAGCGUUUGCUGGACACAGAGGAUGAGCUGAGCGAGCUGAAGGCAGAGUCAGUGCCCACCGAGGUGCGUGAUUGGCUGGCCUGCACUUUCAGCAGCAAAAUGGGCGUGGCCAAACGGCGCCCGGAAGAAAAGCCCAGAUUCCGGAGCAUUGUUCAUGCAGUGCAGGCCGGAAUCUUUGUGGAGCGAAUGUACAGAAGAACAUCCAACAUGGCCGGUCUCACCUACCCCCCGACUGCAAUCAGUGCACUCAAGGAAGUGGAUCAGUGGUCCUUUGAUGUGUUCUCAUUCCAAACUGCCACGGGAGAGCACGCCCUCAAGUUCUUGGUGUAUGACCUCCUGACGCGCUAUGACCUGAUCAGCCGUUACCGGAUCCCGGUGCAGGCGUUGGUGCUGUUCGUAGAGGCUCUGGAGGCAGGUUACAGCAAACACCGUAACCCCUACCAUAACCUGAUUCACGCUGCAGACGUCACGCAAACAGCUCACUUCCUCAUGCUGCACACAGGACUCAUGCACUGGUUGAGUGAGCUGGAGAUCCUGGCCAUGGUUUUUGCAGCUGCCAUCCAUGACUUUGAGCACACAGGAACGACCAACAACUUUCACAUUCACACAAGGUCGGAUGUGGCCAUUCUGUACAAUGACCGCUCAGUGCUGGAGAAUCACCACGUGAGCGCUGCCUACAGGCUGAUGGCAGAUGAGGAAAUGAACAUCCUGAUCAACCUCAAUAAGGACGACUGGAGAGAGCUGAGGGCCCUGGUCAUUGAGAUGGUGAUGUCCACAGACAUGUCCUGUCACUUCCAGCAGAUCAAGACCAUGAGGAACUCUGUGUCACAGACGCCCAGUCUGGAUAAAGUGAAGGUGCUGUCCCUGGUGCUUCAUGCUGCAGACAUCAGCCACCCGGCCCGGGCCUGGCCCUUGCACUAUCGCUGGACGCACAACCUCAUGGAGGAGUUCUUCAGACAGGGCGACAAAGAGAUGCAGUUGGGCCUGCCUUUCUCCCCACUGUGCGACAGGAAGGCCACCAUGAUCGCCCAGUCCCAGAUCGGCUUCAUAGACUUCAUCGUGGAGCCCACCUUUAGUGUGCUGGUGGACACUAUGGAGAAGGUGAUUGGUCCACUGAUCGAAGAGGACCGAAAGGCUAGAGAGUCAGGCAACAGGAGGUCCAGUCUGACCGGGAGCGGCACAGUGACAGUGGAGUCGGUCCAGAGGCACAGCAGCAGUCGCCAUGGACAGGAGGACGCUCAGACAGAUUUCUCCCUGACGGCCAUAGACUUGCCCGGGCUGCGGCAGCGCCUCAGUGGGGUCAUCGUCAGCAACAAGGAGCGUUGGAAGGAGUUGUCGCUGCAUGAGGUGGCCAAUAAGGAACAGGAGAAGAAAGAGGAGGCGGAGCCUAAAGUCAGCACAGAAUUACAUGACUCUCCCAGUCAUGCUGCCGACCAAUCACAGAGCUCCAAGGACAGCCCCCCUGAGCCUGAGACAGAUCAUUCCAACUGGAACGGGGCAGGGCCAGAUUUACAGGAGGAGGAGGAGGAGGCCUGAGGACACCUGAGGACUGUGGACGUCUUAGAUGGUCAUGUGACUUCACCUUCGAAUGUCCUCCUCAGGACAUGGACCCUCUGCCCAUCUCACCGACACUCAAUCUAGAACCAUGUUUGUUGUAUUACAGAAUAUUGUGUAGAAAUCAGCCUGCUGUUUAUAUAGUCCAGAGUACAGACAUAGACCUGCACCAAAGAUGGUAAGGAUAUGUUAAAAAAAAACACAAAAUUAGCAGUCAGACCUUGGAGGGCAGAGGUCCGAAUGAGGAGCAGAAUGUUGAGCAGAUUAGGGGUGAUGUAGGGGCCUGUGCAGAGGGGGGGAGGGGCGCUGUGAGCCCCAGCUUUAGGUGUUGUGACCAUGUUGCUAUAUGCUUUUGUGACCAAUCCUGUUAUAAAUAUGACAUUCUGAGGAUAUAAGACUGUUUGUAAGCGCACUCCUGGUCUGUCUCCUGCUGAAGUCAUCCCAGACGCUGAUGUAAUGUUCUAAACUUACUGUGUAAAGGACUUUUGAGGGUUGUCACAAUCUCAGUUGGAGGGCAGGGUAAAUAAGACUGUAAAAGUAAGAUACUAUUUUUAAAAAGGAACAACAAAUCUGUAUUCUGCUGGGUUGUUGCCAGUGUAUGAACUACAAUCCAGCCAGUGUGACAAAAAAUCCUUGUAAUGAUUUGCUGGAGAACUCCUGACAGAGACUUUGUGCCAGUUAUUGUUUCCUGUGGAGAAAAUUGCCAUCUUUGAGCCUGCUGGGGCAGUGUGGUCUAUUCUAGUCUUCUACAUUUGUUCUGUGGGCUGUGCUCUCUGUAGCCCAAUCGAACCAUGGCACACUUUAGACUCUGACAUGGUUGGAAGAGGUGGGUCAAAGCACAACACAAUUGCUAAUGUAUGUGUACACGCACUAAAAACACACUCCAAACCACACAGUGCAUCCACACUUACUUUCAAGAAGGACAGUCGCAGAAGUUUAGAAGUCUCUCGUCUUCUUUUAGCUGUGCUGCUCCAGGCUAUCCCAAAGCCUGAUGGAGUAGGGUUUUAGAUUUUCUCCGCUACAGUGUUAGCCCAUUGUGCGAUAGGUAAACAAGCAGUGCUAUCUGAUGACAUCACUGGGUUUGUUUGUGCAGGUAUGAGUACAGGCCACAGAACUCUCCCCAAUCAAUCAUCAUCCUAAAUGUGCCUCCAUCCUCCACUCAAACUGAUGGUCUCUUUCUUAGCAUGUAAGUCUGUAUGUAAACAGAUGUGCAUCUAUAUGUAUAUACAUGGAUAUGGAUAUGCCCGAGGACUGCUCUAUUAUGGUAAAAAUCAUAGUCACCAUUUUUGGUUCAUAAUUGAAACCACUAUUAUUUCAAACUAUUACUUGUACACUGCCGAAAUUCACCUGUAGAGAAAGCAUAGUUUUUCUUUAUUUUAUUAGCAAUUUUAUUCAGUAUUAAUUGAAAUCAAGACUUUAGAUUUGAGUCAUUGCACAGUCCUAAUACAUGCCUGUACUCUGUGCAUGUACAUGUAUGUAACAAGAUAGGUGAGUGUUUGUCCUACAAUCAGGACAUUGAAUGUAUGAGUGUGUAUAUACAUUAAUGUAGCACAUGUGACUGUAUGGGUCAUCACAUUGUGCAACUAAAUCAUCUCAUUAUACGGUCUCAUCCUACUGUCUAUCUGCUGUCUCAUCCUAUUGUCUACCUAUUGUCUCAUCGUGCUGUCUCACACUGCCUACAUGUUCUCUCAUCCUAUUGUCUCAUCCUUCUGUGUACCUGUUUUUUCCAUCCUACUGUUCUCCUGUUGUCUCAUCCUGCUGUCUACCUGCUGUCUACCUGCUGUCUCAUCCUACGGUUACCUGUUGUCUCAUCCUGUUGUUUACCUGGUGUCUAUCCUACUGUCUCUGCCAGAGCUUUGAGCCAGAAGUCAUCAGUGCGCCCCACAUCUCCUGUAUGUGUUGUAUGUUCACUGUUAGCACAUGUGCCACCAGGCUAAUGCUAGUGCUAGCCCGGAACAUUCUGAGGACACUGUCUUCUGUCAGGAGUUGGUCUGAAGUGUACCAGAACAGGCUAAGACAAAGGUGACUGAAGUGAGCAUGUGUUACAAUACUUCUGCAAAGGCAGCUCUUGGACAACAUGUCUAAACUAGUAACUCUGUAGUUUUAGUAAUCAAAAUGAUAAUUGAAGCAAAAUUAAUUUUGCCUUAAUAAAUAUAUAUUUUUUGUAAUUUGCAUGAGCCCCAAUGUGUGUUGUGACCUUUGACACUGCAGUGCAGUUUUGUACCUGCUCACAUGUGUCUAAAACAAAUUGGGCUAGUGCUAGAUAGCUGGAUCUGGAGGGACAGAAGUUCAGAAGUCCUUUAUUACCCGGACACAUUCUCCUUUUGAGACGCAAAAAAACAUCCAGGAGGAAUUUCUAAAUUACCCCGAAAUGUCAAGGAUUUUGACACUAUAUCAGUCGACAGCUUUGUGUGGGCCACUUUUCUUAAUUUUGGUGACAGGUCAUCUAACACAAUCAUGGAUCUACAUAAGAUCUUAUUAUACUUCCAUAGAUACAAUCAUCGGCGCUUCUCCAGCACCGUGCAUCUAAACAGCGCCUUUCCCCUGCUCCUGAUCAUACAUGCAACAUGCAACUACAUGUGAAGAGGUUUGAUGUCAUAACGCAGUGCUUUAUAUCUCAAACUCUACACCAUAUUUUAUUGUAUGAAAAUUUACCUCAUAUUAGUGGAAAUACGUUCAUAAAGAAGCGAUGUGAAUUCAGAUACUCAUAAUUACGUCUCAACAGUAGCUUAUGGAAUACAGGAUAAAAGAUUUAAGCCUAUAGUGUUUGUUCUUCUCUGUCUCAAGCACAGACUGAACGCUCCUGUCUGUGAGAAGUACACAUGAACAGGGCUCUAUCGGAGCAGGGGACAGGGGACAUGCAGUAGACACUGUCAGGAAAAUAAACCCACAAAAAAAUAUAUCUACAUUGUCUUAUAUUGGUAAACUGUGGUUUUGUAGACCUCUAAAAUGCAAUGAAAUGCAUGUGGUUUACCUAAAAUUGCCCUGAGGAGGAACUCAGACCCCUGGUAUACAUAUUACCACACAUUUGCAAUAUUAAAUUCAAACAACAGAAACAUCAACAGAAAUUGAACUUUCACCACAGAACCAGGUGUCUUCUUUUUUGAUAACCCCAAUCUUAACCAUUUCCCCCACCGUAACAUAGGCCUUAUCCUGUUCCUAAACUAACCAAACCCUAACCUUAACCCCAUUUUCUAACUUUAAAAAAUAACCCUGUCUCUCUACUUCAUCACUUCAAAUAACAAAUCACAGCAGACUCUCCCUCCCGAUCCAACACUCUAGCAUUAAUCAACAAACUGUGUUCAACUUCCGACACCUCAAAGGCCACUCUAGAGUCACUGAGCCAAGAUGGCUACUGUGGAGCCGCUGGGAGUUUACCAAUCACCAGGAUCCUUUGUGCCUGAACAACACACUGGAUGCACACAUGUCAAAUCAAUACAUCUAAAAGAAAAUAACUUAAGUAUUUUAAAGGGAAUUAUUAUGCAAAAUUGACUUUGGAACGUUCUACCAUGCAUUGUUCCCUCAUUAAAAAUUUGCCUGAAGAGGUUUUAGACGUCAUCCAUGCAUGUCUGAGUAAUAUAGUGAUUUCUCCCAGGCCCUAUUUAAACCCCCCUUACGGUUAGCAGUAUGAGACUGUACAAGGCUACUUGACCCAUGCUCCCACACGACAAUUUUCCAUAAAUAUACAAAAGUAAACACAAUACACUACAGUGUAUAUGCAGUAGGGUUUCAAAACUGAAACUUGCUGAACAUGUACAUUGUUUUUGGUGAAUAUAGCAUUUUCAGAACAAAAGGUGGCAUGAUGAUCUAAAUAGGUUACGUUUAAUUUAUUUAAUUUAUAUGAAUCAUCACAGUUUAAACACUUAUGUGAAGCAGUUGAGCACACACUACUGUCAAAUGUCCCACCGCAUGCAGUCACAGGAUGCUGGUGAUUGGUUCUUGCUGAGGGCGGGUCUCACUUGCGGGUCAGGAGGGAUGAGGAGUUGGGACCCGUCAAUGUGUGUGGACAAUGUGGUUACCGUGGAUACUGAUGUGUAGCGUGUGAUGGCGGACAUGUACAGCUCUCUGUAUUAUUGUAAGAAACAUGCAGAUCUAUUAAAGAGUCAUG